AUGUCCUAUUACGAUGUCGACGCCAUCUUGACCGACUCCCAGAAACUGCCGUGUACAUUCGAGCUGGAUGUGCCUGGUCUGGGAUACCUUGAAGGCAAUGUCGGGGGUACAGUCAAAGCAGGCACAAAAAUCGAUUUGCCAAUGUGGUUAGGGAUCAUGCUGGCCGUGUCGACUGGAAACACCCCCGAAUCGUCACAACUGGUGACACUGGACUUCCCGGCUCCCCUACAACAGCGGGUGAUCAAUGCCUUGAAAGCGGACCCGAAGACGGUCGAUUUGCGGGCCCAGGCACCGCAUUUCUAUGCUCUCGGAGCGCGCAUUAUGGAAUUAUUUGACGAUCGAACUGUGUUGGAUACGCUAUUGGAUGUGAGUGGUGACGAUUCAAUUCCUUGGAAGCGGGCUUUGGUGCGAUCCGUAUCACGGAACGAGACUGAUAUAAGACGCGGCCAGACUUUCAAGACUCGCGCGGCAGAGAUCGCGGAUCAAGCGCACAAUCCUCGCGGUGCGUUGGGUGACGGUGCUGAAUUCCUUCGGGGCCUGGAUGAAACAGAGCGGAGACUAUUCAAGGCGGCGCAUGAAGGGCCGAAAGCCGUCAAGGCGUGGUUGCAGGAUCUGAAGAAAACGACGUGA